AGAGCAGGGCGGGGCGGGGAGCGGGCAGGGGCUGGGCUGGCGCUGCGGCCGGAGAUGCUGUGGGGCCGCGACGGCGCUCAGCAGUCGGGAGCGCUGCGCUGAAAGCACUGAGGUAAAGUGAAUUCUGCAGACAGAAGAGUUUGAUGACACAGACCACUGAAUUUCUUGUUUGGAGUACGCGUUAUGAACCCUUUCUGGAGCAUGUCUACAAGCUCUGUACGCAAACGAUCUGAUGGUGAAGAGAAGACAUUAACAGGGGACGUGAAAACCAGUCCUCCACGCUCUGCUCCAAAGAAACAGCUGCCUUCUAUUCCCAAAAACGCUUUGCCCAUCACCAAGCCAACAUCUCCUGCCCCAGCAGCACAGUCAACAAAUGGCACACAUGCUUCUUACGGACCCUUCUACCUGGAGUACUCUCUUCUUGCAGAAUUUACCUUGGUUGUGAAGCAGAAGUUACCAGGUGUCUACGUGCAGCCAUCUUACCGCUCUGCAUUAAUGUGGUUUGGAGUAAUAUUCAUACGGCAUGGACUUUAUCAAGACGGUGUAUUUAAGUUUACAGUUUACAUCCCUGAUAACUACCCAGACGGUGACUGUCCACGCUUGGUGUUUGAUAUUCCCGUCUUUCACCCGCUAGUUGAUCCCACCUCAGGUGAACUGGAUGUGAAGAGAGCAUUUGCAAAGUGGAGGCGGAACCAUAACCAUAUUUGGCAAGUAUUAAUGUAUGCAAGGAGAGUGUUCUACAAGAUUGAUACAGCAAGCCCCCUAAACCCAGAGGCUGCAGUACUGUAUGAAAAAGAUAUUCAGCUUUUUAAAAGUAAAGUGAUUGACAGUGUUAAGGUGUGCACUGCACGUUUGUUUGACCAACCUAAAAUAGAAGACCCCUAUGCAAUUAGCUUUUCUCCAUGGAAUCCUUCUGUACAUGAUGAAGCCAGAGAGAAGAUGCUGACACAGAAGAAACCUGAAGAACAGCACAAUAAAAGUGUUCAUGUUGCUGGCCUGUCAUGGGUAAAGCCUGGCUCAGUACAACCUUUCAGUAAAGAAGAGAAAACAGUAGCAACUUAAGAGCUGGUGAAUCUGGUGCACCAUGCACUUUUCUGCCGGACUUGGGCCUAGGUAAAGCUGACCAAUGGCAGAGGACUGCCUGAAGAGUAAAACUGUGUGAACAAUGACUGAUACCAGUGUCGUCCGUGUAUGCUUAGGUUCUAACAGCAAGUUCUGGAAACCUCUCUUUAAGUAAUGCAUUACUUCUGUCAGAAGUGUCUUUAAGGUGGUUAUCUAGUUCAGUACUCCAAAUUACUGGGGACCUUGAGGAUUAAGUAUUUUUCUGAAUAUAAUGCUAAAGGUAAGUUGCAUUCAUUUAAACUAAUAGAAUAGACAGAGUUCAGCACUAUCUAAUGAGUUUUAAAUCAGUGGUUUCAGUUGUACAUAUGUUAGGAUACAGAGAGGAGAGGCAUAGAGAGAGCAGGUUCCAUAGCGUAUUAGCACUUUUAAGUGGAAGAUCAUUUGAACCUCAGUCUUCAGCCUACUGUCUUACUGUUUUACCAACUGCUGUCACUGAGGUACAUAUUAGGUGAGUGAGAGGAAACCAGAACACUUGUUCAGUUUUUUUUUUUUUUUAAAGCAAAUUACUUACUGUAUUUUUAUGGCAGGAGGGAGAAAAGGUGUUAAAACGGUUUCUAAUGAAGUCAGAUAUUUAAAUGAUGAAUGACUAAUGUGUUUUGUAGAGACAAAAUAAACCAAUAAAUGAUUGUUCUUUGUCAUUUAUGCAGGAAAGUGAAUACCCUUUUCUCAAUAUAACUAAACAAAGAUUAAUUUAUAAAUGCUUUAUUGAAAAAUACACUUAUUUUCAUAUAAAAUUACAGUAGAAGUAAGUAUCUUGAGAGGUUUUAUAAAUAUUUUUGCAGAACACUAUCCUAAUUGAACAGUGUAAGUGUCAUAUUUCUUUCAGAGCAAUAUGAAGUUACCUAGUAACUUUGUUUAUACUGAUUCAAUUUACAAUUGAAUUUUCUCCCUAAUAAGAUUAUUCAUUCAACCUUAAAACUGCUGCAACAAUAGUGAUUAAUAAAGGUAUAUAUAGAUAAUUCAAUAGCUGUUAAAUAACAUUUUCUAAUUUGUAUAAAUGGUACUGUGUACUAAUAAAAACCCAAAUUCUC